AUGCAGCUUAGACCGGCUCCUGGAAAGGAGGUUCCGAUUUGUCAGGGCGGCUGUAUCAACGGAAUAUGCGAAGAAGUCUGCCAUUACGGCCGUUGCGUUAAAAAGUGCAAGUGCGACCAAGGUUGGGAAGGACUCAGAUGCAAUGUGGAUUCGAACGAUUGCGACCGUCUACCUGUCAGCCCCUUUGACCGCCCUUGCGAACACAGAUGCGUGAAUUUGGAAGGAUACAGAAGAUGUCUUUGCGAAGAGGGUUACGAUUUGGCUGCCGACCAGAGCAGCUGUGUCAGGACAAAGAGUCUUUGUGAGCUAAAGAAAUGCGAAAUGGAUUGCGAAGAAAAGAAUGGGGUGGCUUUUUGUCUUUGUCCAAAGCCGGGCUUUAUUCUUGGACAUGACGGAAAAACCUGCGUCGACGAAAACGAAUGCUUGACCCAAGGAAUCGGAAUUUGUCGAAGCAGCGAGGUCUGCCACAAUGUCUACGGAAGCUACAGAUGCGAUUGCGCCAAGGGCUACGCUCGACCUGGCGGCUCUCAUCUUUGCGAGGACAUUGACGAGUGCAAGCUUGGACUCCACGAUUGCGCAGAGGAUCAAAUUUGUCAAAACUUUCCCGGGUACUUCCAAUGCAUUUUCAACGAAGAAGAUUCUGAUGCAGAAAAGCCCGAACUUGUUCCGUACAACUUUGAUGAGGGCAGAACCAAUUUGAGACACGCAGUUCCGAUUGCAGAAGAAAGAGAUGAACUUGUCGGCCAGUCUUCAUAUGAAGAUUACGUCGAAUCCGACUACGAUGCAUCUUACGUUUACAAUCAAAAAUAA